UUUAUUAAAUAGUACUUGUUGCGCGCUCGGCCGAUGGAGGACACAGAGCCUCACAUUCAACACUCAUUGACAAGGCAACCGACUUUUUUCGAUUUGCCUUCAUUUGAGCAGAGACCUUAAUUUAUUUUCGUACUUCGAUUUAUUAUUUCCGGAAAUCAUGAAAGAAGAGGAAAAUGCUGAGAUUUCUUUUGAGCCUGUUGAGUGCGAGCAGCAUGGCCACUUCUACGCGUGCGGGUUCGUCCGGAGCAACCCUGGAGGGCAUUUGCUGUCGGCAACUUUGGCUCAAGUGACGCGAGAAAUCAGGGAUAUGGAGAUUUUCACAGACGAUACGUGGGUUGUGACUUUUCCAAAAUGCGGUACAACUUGGAUGCAAGAAAUGGCGUGGCUUUUAAAGAGCGAUCUUGAUUUUCAAAAAGCAAAGGAAAUUACUCUUCAUGAUCGAUUUCCAUUUUUAGAGGCUUCGGCAAUGGCUGAAGAUUUCAGCAAAUUAGUUCUUGACGAAGACAUCCCUGUGAACGCUUCAAUUGCCGCCGUAAAAAACAUGCCGCGACCGAGAUUCAUCAAGACUCAUCUACCAAUGAGAUUUCUUCCAAAGCAAAUUUGGACCGUCAAACCAAAAAUGAUUUACGUUUCAAGAGAGGUAAAAGACGUCAUUGUCUCUUAUUUCCAUCACAAAAGAUUCUUUUACGGUUACAAAGCGGACUUUGAGACAUUCUGCAAAAGCUUCAUGAAAAACGAGAUAUUAUUCUGUCCAUUCUGGGGUCACAUCAAAGACUUCUGGGGAUUGCGAAAUGAGGAAAAUAUUCUAUUUGUGACUUAUGAGGACAUGCAAAAGGACUUGGCUGUCGUCGUUCAACUGGUGGCGAAACUGCUUUUGGAAAAAGAACUUCCCGAUGAACAAGUGCAAAAAUUGUGCACUCACUUGAAUUUCAAGGAAAUGAAGAACAACAAAAGUGUCAAUUUCGAGGCGUACGCAGAAGUGUUGAAAGCGAAAAACAUCUCCAGCGACGAGAGCUGCUGUUUCAUCCGAGAGGGCAAAUCGGGGUCGUGGAGAUCGGAAAUGUCGGAGGCGCUGGCUAUGGAGGUUGACGACUGGUCCAAAAGUGAGCUGCGAGGCUCAGAGUACUUCAAAGAAGUCUUUGGCGCGUAAUUUUCUUACGUAAUCUUGGAUUUUAAGAGUGCGGUAAUAACAAUAAUAAAAAUAAUU